GCUCCUCCUUGAUUCAAAUGUUAGGUCAAGAGGAAAAACGAAAACAAAUUCAAGAGAAGCUCUUAGGCGUCUAGAAUUUUCUGCAUCCCAUCUCUUAAGAGAAGAGAUUGGCCCCACAUCUGAGUCAGUCCACUCCAAGCUAAACUCUCCUCUGAAAGCAGCAUUUCUUGAGCCUUUGGAUUAAACUGGAAGAAAAGUCCACAAGUAUUGUGGUCUCUGAGGGAGACGGGGCUGACAACUGGCAGUAAAAACAGAAAGAUGGCAAGCCUGAGGCCCAGGACUCAAGCAGACCCUGAAAUUGAACUUUUUGUGAAGGCUGGGAGUGAUGGUGAGAGUAUUGGAAACUGUCCAUUUUGUCAACGCCUUUUUAUGAUCCUCUGGCUUAAAGGAGUUAAAUUUAAUGUGACUACUGUUGACAUGACCAGAAAGCCUGAAGAGCUGAAAGACUUAGCUCCAGGUACCAACCCUCCCUUCCUGGUAUACAAUAAGGAGCUGAAAACAGAUUUCAUUAAAAUUGAAGAGUUUCUAGAGCAGAUGCUGGCUCCUCCAAGAUAUCCUCACUUGAGUCCCAAAUACAAGGAGUCUUUUGAUGUGGGCUGUAACCUCUUUGCCAAAUUUUCUGCAUACAUUAAAAAUACAAAAAUGGAAGCAAACAAGAAUUUUGAAAAAUCUCUGCUCAGAGAAUUUAAACAUCUAGACAACUACUUAAACACCCCACUUCCAGAAGAAAUUGAUGCAGAUAGUGCUGAGGAGCUUACAGUGUCUAGAAGAUUCUUUUUGGAUGGGGAUCAGCUGACAUUGGCGGACUGCAGCUUAUUACCCAAACUGAAUAUUAUUAAAGUUGCUGCCAAGAAAUACCGUGAUUUUGACAUUCCAGCAGAAUUCUCAGGUGUCUGGCGCUAUCUCCACAAUGCCUAUGCCCGUGAAGAAUUUGCCCAUACAUGCCCUGAAGAUAAAGAAAUAGAAAACACCUAUGCAUUUGUGGCUAAACAGAAGAGUUAAGACAGUUCUUUCAGAAGAAAAAGCUCUCUUUUUAAUCAAUUUUCACUUUCUACCACAUUACAAACGUUUUUGGAAACACUAAUAUGUAAAGUACUAUUUCCUCUAUUCAACUCAUUUAUGAAAAAUAAUUUGUAUAUCUGCAUUUUCAAUAUAUAGUUAGCCAUAAACAAUCUAUCCACUGGUA